AAAAUAAUAUAAUGUCCCUGAGCUUUGCAAACCAGAGAGACAGACACAGAAGUAUCAGAGCAGUCAUUGCAUCUUCCUUCCGAAGCCAACAUAAUGAAAAAGCAAACACAUUGAGUGAGAGAGAGAGUGUAGGCAGAGAACUAGACCCAAGUUGAAGAAGCUUCAUCAAGGAGAUUCAAGCAUAGCUUGCUUUCCAAGCCAACAGCUCGAAAAGUUCUCUCUUUUUUAUGCUGGUGGUUCCGCCAUUAAUAAAAGCUUUCACGCCCUUACCCGCGAGAAGUCGGUCGGUCCUCUCACGGAAAAGCAUUCCCCAUUCAACCAUCUCUCACGGUCCUAUAAAGCCCCCCCCACAUUCACUAGCUCAGUAGCCACUUCUUCCAUGGCUGACUUAAGGGGUUUGAGGGUUUGCAUUGUGCUUACUUUGUGUUUGUUGCAGUGUAAUAACUCUUGGGUGUUUGCGAUUUUGGACCCGAUUGAUUUUCUGGCUCUGCAAUCGAUCAGGAAAGCUUUGGGCGACUUGCCUGGUUCGAACUUCUUCGCUGCAUGGGACUUCACGUCCGAUCCGUGUAAUUUCGCCGGGGUUUACUGUGAUUCCAAUAAGGUUAUUGCGCUCAACCUGGGUGACCCGAGGGCCGGCUCGCCAGGACUGACCGGUCGGAUUGACCCGGCGAUUGGGAAACUUUCUGCGCUGGCGGAGUUCUCCGUCGUUCCCGGCAGAAUCUUUGGGGCCCUGCCACACUCGAUCUCCCAGUUGAAAAGCCUCCGGUUCCUCGCGAUCAGCCGGAACUUCAUCUCCGGUGGGAUUCCGCCCUCUCUCGGCGAGUUACGGAGCCUGCGGACGCUGGACCUCAGCUACAACCAGUUCGACGGAACAAUCCCGCGGCCCAUUGGAACCUUACCGGAAUUGUCCAACCUCAUCCUCUGCCACAACCGCCUCUCCGGUUCGGUCCCUCCGUUUCUCUCCCGAACACUGACCCGGCUCGACCUCAAGCACAACGUUCUCACCGGUUCGCUUCCUCCGGCUUCCCUACCUCCCUCUCUCCAAUACCUCUCUCUCUCCUGGAACCGGCUCAGUGGGCCCGUGGACGGGCUCUUAACCCGGCUCAACCAGCUCAAUUACCUCGACCUGAGCAUGAACCAAUUCACGGGUAAGAUUCCGGGUCGGAUCUUCACCUUCCCAAUCAGCAGCCUCCAAUUACAACGCAAUCUCUUUUUCGGCCCGGUUCAACCGGCGGACCAGGUCACGAUUCCGACCGUUGAUCUUAGCUACAACAGGCUUUCUGGGAGAAUCUCUCCAAUGCUCUCUACCGUACAGAAUCUUUACCUGAACAAUAACCGGUUCACGGGUCAGGUACCGGGUAGCUUCGUGGAUCGCUUGCUGGCUGCUAGUAUACAGAUACUGUAUUUGCAGCACAAUUAUCUUACGGGUAUGCCGAUAAAUCCGACGGCUGACAUUCCUUUGAGCAGCUCCUUGUGUCUGCAGUAUAAUUGUAUGGUUCCGCCCGUAGAGGCGCCAUGCCCGUUGAAGGCUGGGAAGCAGAAGACGAGGCCUACCACGCAGUGUAACGAGUGGAAGGGGUAAAUUUGGAAAUUCAGGAGUAUAUCCUGGGGCAGAAUGGGAAGAGAUGGUACACACUGAUUAUUUAUUUUUCAAGCUAAAUUUUGUUGGCAGUGGGCUUGAUUCAUUUAUUAUUUUUGGGGAUAUUAUAGAUUGGUAAAAUUAGAAUAAGGAGGAAUCACUGUGGAUAGCUGGAUAUUAUGUUUUUGCUUAUUUCACCCAAAAAAAAAACAGUGCUAGCUAUUUGAUGUAGUUUUUUUUUGUUGUUAUUUAGUUUUUACUACUAAUGUUUUGGUA